AUGAAGAAAGCUUCCGCCGGGCAUACGCCUCCUCACACGGCACGCUCAUCCGGUGCAGGCUCGGACGCACCCGCCGCUCGGAUGAACCACAUGGUGACACCGACCUUUGCAGCGCACACCGAUCAAGUCGUCGCCCAAAUACAGUCGCUGCUCGAGCUCCCGUCCCCAAUCGCACCGACCCAUGUUGAUCCGGACCCCAACCCGGACCUUGUCGACCGGUCCGGAGCUCGGGGAGCAUCUACGGGAACGUCGUCCGCAGGGACUCGUCCGACCCCCAACCUCGAAUACACCUUCCGGGGGCUGUUUGAAGCGGUGUCCGUGUCGGCCGUCAGCAAUCAGGCCCUCCUGGACCGCCUGGACCGCCUGGACCAGACCGUGCGGAUCGAGGCGGCACUCCGAGUCGUCCUGACCAGACUUCUACCGAACGGACCGCACACUAUGCCGGCGGCCCUUCAGCGAGUAAAUGAGGAGGUCGAGAGCCUUGGAGAUGCACUGAAACAGACCCGAGAGGAACGGGAGGCCGAAAUGGCGCUCCGGGAGAAGGUCGAACAGGAACGGGACCAGGCCAACACCGAGCGCGACAAGCUGGAAGAGCGCGUCCGGGGACUCCGGACAGAACUCCUCUCCGAUGAUCUGGGAUUCACCAAACAACGUCUGAGCGUCCAACUGGCCGCUACUAUGUCCGAAAAACGCCGGGUGUGGUUACAAACAGCGGUGAUCCAAGGGGAAGGCGAAGAGGUGGGGACACGACGGAACGCCAGGACUGUGUCCUCCCUCGGGUCCGGGAGUGAGGAACAGGAGACCGAGACUGAGGCAUUAGCCGGGACGAAUCAGGCAGCCUCCUCUGCUCAUGCUCGGGUCCGAACGCAGGAGUGUUGUGUGGCUCCUGUAGCGCCGGCGGCGGCUCCGGUCGCUAGAGCGCAUGCCGCACAGCCUCCGGAGGUCGUGACUUUGUUGGGCAAAGUCCGGGGACUCCAGACUCGGCUUCGCGAAGCUCAGGAUGAGGCGAAACAGUACUAA